CAUCUUUUAGAACCCGAGUUGCAUUGCGUGCAUUUUGCGGGUCGUCCUGCCCAAUUCGGCUGACUUCUUCUCCAACCGGCGGCAUCGUUUUGCCAGUCGGCAAGUGAACAGGAGAGGAGAGAAACUGUGCUGGCCUAUUCCUGCAAGUUUGAAUACUUCGACAACCACUAGUAGCCGAAAGGCGUCUGGAACGGGCUUGCAGAGAAGCCUCAAGCUAGCAGCCUAAACCUGAGACUGCGGAAUUCGAAAGGCUGCGCGAACAACUCGACUCCGAAGCUGCAGGAGAGCGCGGGGGCCUCCUGUCUCUUUAACUGUGUCGCCGAAGAAGGAGGCGGUAACGUUGCCACAGGAAGUGCCCCCUCCCGGAGCCGAGGAAGGGAAUAGGCCCCAAGAUGGCGGCAGUUGUAGCGGCUGAGCGGCUCCUGUCGGAAGGGGAAGGAGGCGCCAUGGAUUCGGCGCGGCUCUCCCCACCUCCGCUGCCACAGCCCCGCGGGGAAGCACCGUCCCUGGAGCAGCUCCCGCAGAGCAACACGCUGGUGGGGCUGCCCAUUGUGGCCAUCGAGAGCAUCCUCGGCUUCCUUUCCUACGACGAGACCAGCCAGCUCCGCUUGGUUUGUAAGAGAAUGGAUUUAGUCUGUCAGAGAAUGCUAAACCAGGGAUUUCUGAAAGUGGAAAGAUACCAUAACUUGUGCCAGAAACAGGUUAAAGCACAACUUCCAAGACGGGAAUCAGAAAGGAGAAAUCAUUCAUUAGCUCGCCAUGCAGAUAUUCUUGCUGCAGUAGAAACAAGGUUAUCACUGCUAAACAUGACAUUUAUGAAGUAUGUGGAUUCCAAUCUCUGCUGCUUCAUACCUGGAAAGGUAAUAGAUGAAAUUUAUCGUGUGCUAAGAUAUGUAAACUCCACUAAAGCUCCUCAAAGAGCCCAUGAAGUCCUUCAGGAGUUAAGGGACAUUUCAUCUAUGGCAAUGGAAUAUUUUGAUGAGAAGAUUGUUCCAAUUCUAAAAAGAAAAUUGCCUGGUUCAGAUGUAUCAGGACGUCUUAUGACAGCAGCUCCAGUUCCAGGUCCUUCUGCAGCUUUAACUACAAUGCAACUCUUCUCCAAGCAAAACCCAUCAAGGCAAGAGGUCACCAAACUUCAACAACAAAUUAAAACUAAUGGUGCAGGUGUGACUGUAUUACGACGUGAAAUUUCAGAGCUUCGCACCAAAGUGCAAGAGCAACAGAAACAACUCCAAGACCAGGAUCAGAAACUGCUUGAGCAAACCCAAAUCAUAGGUGAGCAGAACGCCCGACUGGCAGAGCUUGAACGCAAAUUGCGAGAAGUUAUGGAAAGUGCAGUAGGAAAUUCCUCCGGGUCAACACCAACUGAAGAGGCCCCUAGGAAACGGAAGAAGGCUACUGAAUCAAUAGGUUCACCUAGAAAGUCAAAACGCCUUCGAAAUAAUAAAUAACUUUGGGAUAAAUGGCACUUCCAGGAGAACAUACUGCUUUAAUAGCUGAAGCGGGUUGUCUGGUCUGGAUGCUGCAGUUUACAGCAUAUAUCAUCUAGGCUGCUGGGUUCUUCAGAAUAUCAUAGCCUUGAACAACUUUCUCUCAUUGCUGAGACAUUACUUCACAACCCACCCAACAAUCCCAUUUCAGUUUGAGUGGGUCUGUUGCACAGGACAAUUAUACUUUGUCACAAAUUUGUACCCACCAAGACCUAGUAUAUCAUGUCCUUAAAAGUUUGCUUUCAUUUUCUAUGCAGAAAAUGAGUAUUCAAAUGAAACCUACGUUUUUUUCAACAAUUUCCUUAAAUUAGUAUUUCAAAAUAAAUUCAGGCUUAGUCAUUGAUAAAGUUAGAAAUGAUUAAACAACAGAUGUCCUGUUGUCUUGAAAAUACCCACUUUUAAACAAUUGGGUGGGGGUGGGAUGGGGGAGGCUGACUUUUUGUUGCAAGUGACCUUGUUUAGAACAUCUGAAAAGUAGUUUAUAUGUGUGAGAGUCUACAUAACAAGUAAGCUUAAGUAUUGGCUAUAUAUAUUUUUGUAAAUUUAACCAGCAAGGGAUAUCUCAGUCUAGUUUCCACAAAUGCAUACCCUACUUCUAAGCAUUAGGAGCCAUAUUUUUUAUCUUGCAUGGAGAGAUGCAUGCAUUGCUUAGUCAGCUUGGUAAAAGCAUUUGCCUGGAAUCACUGUUGAACAGUUGGCCUCUCCUAUCUUUUGAAAGAACAUGUGUUGGUUCCUCACCCAUGACUGCAUAUAUUUUGAACACAGCUUUUCUUAUCUUUGGAGCUAGUUUGCCUGAAUGCUACAAGGGAAUAUAUAAGCCAAGCUAUUUUGCUGCUUCUGCUUGCUUGUUGACUUAAAGCAGAUUGCACGGUUUGGCUCCUUUUGCUCGUGGGUUUCUGAUUAUACAUUACUGGUCCUGAUUCAGUGAUUGAAAGAUCAUUAAACUGGACAUAAUUUAUUUGUUAAUAGAGUACACAGGCUUGCCGAGUCAUCAUCCAAGUUUUAUGUGUGUUGAGAAAAAGAUCUUACUGUUAUGUGGAAAGAACUCUCUGUAAUCCUGUGUUCUAGCUGUCAUUAUCAUAAAAAAUACCUUGUUCAGAUUUUAAAAUAAUUUGUUUUGCACCCCUUCUGUUUUGAAAUUGAACUGGAAAAGCAUGUUUUGCACUGUACAGUCUCUGGAUUUGUCACUUUUAACAGCUUUCAAGUUAUAAUGUACAGUGUUUCCCAGUUAUGUUUCUUUCUGAACCUGCAACAAAUAUUGUUAUCCAUGUUUUAAUUUGAUAUUACUAAAUAAUGUAAUUCUAUUGCUUGACUGUUACAUUUUGCCCUCAACCUGCUAUAAUUAAUUUAGCUUUUUGAUAAUGUUGAAAUUUGAAAUGGGAAUGGAAAAAUGGAUCUGAUUGGUUACUCAAAAAGCUCUUCUUAUGCGUUAAUAUUCUUAAAGUACCUGGGUUUAAAACAGAUGGAUUACUCAUUUUUAUUUGUCAAUUAGAUGAAAAAAGCUUUGCCAAGGAUUUUUCUUGACUCUUUCUUUUAAAAAAUCUGUUAAUUUUAAAUUUGGAAUAUGUAUUCCCUAAAACAAAGUACUGCAAAUUGUUGUCAAGAGUUUGGAGUGUUUAAUUUUUUAAAAAAAUUAUAUUGUUUUGCUACCUUAAGGCCAUUUUGCAAUGUGUAUUUGUUUAAUUUUAAAUGGGAGCAGGCUAUGUAUCUUACCAGUGGGCAUACCCUGAAUUAUUUCAGAUAAUAUAAUAAUUUUGAAACAUUCA